AUGAACAGUAACGAAACGGUCAAGAAGUGGACCCGCGUAGAUACCCAAUCGACGGCGCAGGCGGCAGAAAUCGUUGCCAAAGAUACUUCCAACACGUCUGCGUGUAUCAGUUCAAUUCUGAGCUCCGAACUAUAUGAAUUGCCGAUACUAGUGCCCAAUGUUGAAGACAAGAAGGAGAAUACCACAAGAUUCCUUGUUCUCGCACAGAAUGCGUCUUCUUCUCCAUCCAGGGUUGAGGGUCAGCAUUACAUCACAUCGCUUAUGUUUGUGCUCGGUCACAACGAUCCCGGCGCAUUGUGUCAAGCGCUAGAUCUGUUCAGAAGAAACAACGUCAAUUUACACUCGAUAGCGUCGCGCCCUUCUGGCAGAGCGCAAUGGGAGUAUGUAUUUUUUGUUGAGAUCGAGGGGCAUUCAAGUGACGAUGCCGUCACUCAAAGUUUACGGGAAUUGAAGAGCAAUUGUUCCCAGACUGCGACGUUAGGACUGUUUUCCAGAGAACAAUAA